AUGCUGAUUGCAAAGGAAGAGAUAUUUGGUCCAGUACAAUCCAUAUUGAAAUUCAAGAACACUGAAGAGGUAAUUCAAAGAGCAAAUAAUUCAAACUAUGGUCUUGCAGCAGGGAUCUUCACAGAAAACUUAAACACUGCUAAUACUUUGACAAGAGCACUGAAAGUUGGAACAGUUUGGGUAAACUGCUUUAAUACAUAUGAUGCUGCAAUUCCUUUUGGUGGAUAUAAGAUGAGUGGACAAGGCAGGGAAAAAGGAGAAUACAGUAUUAAGAACUACUUGAAUGUGAAAGUUGUUGUUACUCCCUUGAAGAAUCCAGCAUGGCUUUGA